AAGGUUGGAGAUCCCUGCUGUGAAAGGUGGUGGGGAAGGAAGGGAGCGAGGAAAGUCAGGCUGAGCUCCGUCUGGUUCAGCCCAGCGUUGCUUUUUCCUUGCAAUUCCCAGGAGGUCCCUGGUUGCAGACGCCCCGCGGGGCUUGCAAAGCCUUCCUGGAAGGAAGCCACCCCACCCGAGCCAGCCUGGGACUGAUCUAUCCCCCCACCCCACCCUGUGACCUCCUUUCCCACCCUGGGGAGGGGUCCUGGCUGGCUGGUGGGGACUCUGUCCUGCAGGAAGGAAGAUUCCAGUGCUUGAAAACUUUUAAAGCAUUUAUUUAUUUUGCUCCCUGGGAGGAUUCUUAUCGUUGGAGGAUCAAAGUCCCACAUCUCUCAAAAUGGAUCACGGUGGCUCUUCUUGCCAUUCUGCUCCUCUGACCGAAAGUCCUUUUGCAAAUCCAGGACAGACUUUGGAUGGGGGUGACCCACCGUCUCGGUACACCCCAAAAACUGCUUCACGAGACCCAGAAGGAAAUGGAUCCCGUGUUGUCUUGCUUGGGUCUACUGAGAAGUUCUGGAGAAGAACGAGGAAGGACAACGUCCUGCAAGGAGAAACCACCAGACGGGCUGGAGAACAUCCACUUUGCUGGGAAUUCUUCUACAAAGAAACGGAGGCACCUCGAGAACUUUGUACUCGGUUAUACCGUCUUUAUCGUCAAUGGCUGAAGCCAGAAAAACACACAAAAACUCAGAUGCUGGACUUGGUGGUCCUGGAGCAGUUCCUGGCCGUCCUGCCCCCAAAGAUGGAGAGCUGGGUGCGAGAGUGUGGAGCGGAGACCAGCUCCCAGGCGGUGGCCCUCGCGGAAGGUUUCCUCCUGAGCCAGGAAGAGGAGAAGAAGCAGGGAGAGAUGCAGGUUCAGGAUCUCUUCAUGGAAGUGGAUGCUCAAAACCCGCAAGCACACAGAGACAUGUCAGCUCUCUCUCAGGAACUGGCCUUCGGAGGGAUCUCCCAAGAAGAUCCAGCUCAGAUCACAUCCGAAAAGAAUGGAGCAACCCUGAGGUUUCCUGCAGAAACACCUUUGCUUUGUGGUGGAACUGAAACGGCUGUUGUCAUUCCAACUCAGAAUCAUAUGUUAUUUGAAGAUAUAGCCGUAUCUUUUUCUGAAGAGGAGUGGGCCCUGCUGAAUCCUGACCAGAAAUUGCUCUACAGGGAGAUCACGUUGGAAAAUGCAAGGAACGUGACCUGCAUAGGCGAAAGGUGGGAGAACGAGGACUCUAAGAAGGAGAUGAUAGAGCACUCGCCAACAGUCAACAAUGAAAUUGGAGAAAGGAUGUUCCAAUGUCAAUGGGGAUUCCAAAGUCCUGAGGAAAACCAGCUAAACGGAAAACCAGAGAAAGCCCUCAGUUUUCAUUGUGCAGAUAACGAUCUGCUCCUGACAGAAAAAAAUCACCAAGAAGCCGGAAUAUGUCCAGGGUGUGGAAAAAUAUUAAAGGAGGAACCAGGAUUGUGUGGAUAUUGCAGAAGACAUCCUGUCGACGCACAACAUGUAAAUAGCGAAUGGGCCUUUCCUCAUACUUUAAAUCAAAAUUUAUCGCUUGGGGAGAAAUUCUAUAAAUAUGUGGAAUGCGGAGAGAGCUUCAGCCAGAGUAGCCAUCUCAGUAGCCAUCAAAAGAGUCACGUCUGGGAGAGUCUAUAUCAAUGCAUGGAUUGUGGGAAGAGCUUCCUUCAGAAAAGUCACCUUAUGACCCAUGAAAGGAUCCACCAAGGAGAGAAACCACAUCCAGGCUUGGAGUGUGGAAAGAGCUUCAUUAAGAGACAUUCCCUGACUUCCCACACUGGGGAGAAACCCUAUCAAUGUGCAGAGUGUGGGAAGUUCUUCUCUCGGAGAAGCAACCUUGCUGCCCAUAAGAGGAUCCACACAGGGGAGAAACCGUAUCAGUGCCUGGAGUGUGGGAAGCGCUUCGGCGAAGUAAGGCACCUCACUUCCCACAAGAGGAUCCACACAGGGGAGAAACCGUAUCAGUGCCUGGAGUGCGGGAAGCACUUCAGCGAUGUAAGUCGCCUCACUUCCCAUAAAAGGAUCCAUACCGGAGAGAAGCCAUAUAAAUGUAUGGAGUGUGGGAAGAGUUUUAGCGUGAGCUGUUCCCUUAAAUCCCAUAAAAGGACCCACACUGGGGAGAAGCCAUACAAAUGUACGGAAUGUGGAAAGGGCUUCAUUAAGAGAAGUUUCCUGACUUCCCAUACGAGAAUCCAUACUGGGGAGAAACCCUAUCAAUGUGCGGAGUGUGGGAAAUGCUUCUCUCAGCGAAGCAACCUUGCUUCCCAUAAGAGGAUCCACACAGGGGAGAAACCGUAUCACUGCCAGGAGUGCGGGAAGUGCUUCAGCGAAUUAAGUCACCUCACUUCCCAUAAGAGGAUCCAUACAGGGGAGAAACCAUAUCAGUGCCUGGAGUGCGGGAAGUGCUUCAGCGAUUUAAGUUGCCUCACUUCCCAUAAAAGGAUCCAUACCGGAGAGAAGCCAUAUAAAUGUAUGGAGUGUGGGAAGAGUUUUAGCGUGAGCUGUUCCCUUACAACCCAUAAAAGGAUCCACACGGGGGAGAAGCCAUACAAAUGUACGGAAUGUGGUAAGAGCUUCAUUAAAAGAAGUUCCCUGACUUCCCACACAAGAAUCCACACUGGGGAGAAACCCUACCAAUGUGCGGAGUGUGGGAAAUGCUUCUCUCAGAGAAGCAAUCUUGCUUCCCAUAAGAGGACCCACACAGGGGAAAAACCGUAUCAGUGCCUGGAAUGCGGAAAGAGCUUCAGCGAUGCAAGUUACCUCUCUUCCCAUAAGAGGAUCCACACAGGGGAGAAGCCAUAUCAAUGUAUGGAAUGUGGAAAGACCUUCACUGUAAGCAGUUCCCUUAGUUCUCAUAAAAGGAUCCACACGGGGGAGAAACCAUACAACUGUGUGGAUUGUGGAAAGAGCUUUCGAAAGAGUAGUUCUGUGACUUCCCACAGAAGGAUCCACACGGGAGAAACCAUGAGUGCACUGACAAUGGACAGAAUUUCAGAGACCCCAGUUCUGAGAUUGGAAAACAACAACACAAAAGCCUCUGAGGCAUCUUGCGAACCUUCGGAAAAGAACCGUUGGAAGGGGCGGGGCUACGAUUUCCCGCCUGUCUGUGAGGAAGAAGAACCGAAUGACAAAGACGUUCUCCUCUUCUGCCCCGAGGGAUCCCUUUUGCCCCCGACCACAAACGCAAAACUAGAGCGAGAACCGAUUUCGGAAUCUGAAAUGCAACAGAUCGCGGGCUGGGUGGGCGAAGAGUCGCUCGCUUCGCGUAACUGGCAGGCGGGAUCCACGAGGGGGCGCUGUACGAAGAGGGGGGAAGCCAGGAAGAGGGGAUCCACGAGGGGGCGCUACCCUUCCCUUCCCAGCCGAGCGGAGAAGGAGAAGCCGCGAGUCUUCGCAGAAGGGGGACGGGCCAUUCACUCGGAGGCCUUCUCUAGGAACAAUACCUUUUUCUCUUUAACCCUUAAGAUUGCCCGCAGAAGAGUGCGCAGGCGCGAACCUGCUCGCCAACUCCCAGGCGAGGGCAGAGAACUUUUAAAGCAUUUAUUAACUUUUAUUUGCUCUGUGGGAGGAUUCUUAUCGUUUGAGGAUCAAAGUCCCACAUCUCCCGAAAUGGCUCACGGUGGCUCUUCUUGCCAUUCUGCUCCCCUGACUGAAAGUCCUUUUGCAAAUCCAGGAGAGACUUUGGAUGGAUGUGACCCAGCAUCUCGGUACACCCCAAAAACCGGCUCACGAGACCCAGAAGGAAAUGGAUCCCGUGUUGUCUUGCUUGGGUCUACUGAGAAGUUCUGUAGAAGAACGAGAAAGGACAACGUCCUGCAAGGAGAAACCACCAGACGGGCUGGAGAACAUCCACUUUGCCAGGAGUUCUCCUACAAAGAAACCGAGGCACCUCGAGAACUUUGCACUCGCUUAUACCGUCUUUAUCGUCAAUGGCUGAAGCCAGAAAAACACACGAAAACUCAGAUGCUGGACUUGGUGGUCCUGGAGCAGUUCCUGGCCGUCCUGCCCCCAAAGAUGGAGAGCUGGCUGCGAGAGUGUGGAGCAGAGACCAGCUCCCAGGCGGUGGCCCUCGCGGAAGGUUUUCUCCUGAGCCAGGAAGAGGAGAAGAAGCAGGGAGAGAGGCAGGUUCAGGAUCUCUUCAUGGAAGUGGAUGCUCAAAACCCACAAGCACACAGAGACAUGUCAUCUCUCUCUCAGGAACUGGCCUUCGGAGGGAUCUCCCAAGAAGAUCCAGCUCAGAUCACAUCCGAAAGGAAUGGAGCAACCCUGAGGUUUCCUGCAGAAACACCUUUGCUUUGUGGUGGAACUGAAACAGCUGUUGUCAUUCCAACUCAGAAUCAUAUGUCAUUUGAAGAUAUAGCCGUAUUUUUUUCUGAAGAGGAGUGGGCCCUGCUGAAUCCUGAUCAGAAAUUGUUGUACAGGGAGAUCACAUUGGAAAAUGCAAGGAACAUGACCUGCAUAGGUGAAAGGUGGGAGAAUGAGGACUCUAAGAAGGAAAUGGUAAAGUACUUGCCAGCAGUCAACAAUGAAAUUACAGAAAGCAUGUUUCGAUGUCAACGGGGCGCCCAAAGUCCUGAGGAAAACCAGCUAAAUGGGAAGCCAGAGAAAGCCCUCGCUUUUCAUCAUGCAGAUAACAAUGCGCUCCUGGCUGAAAAAACCGGAAUGUGUCCAGGGUGUGGAAAAAUAUUGAAGGAGGAAUCAGGAUUGUGUGAAUAUUGCAGAAGGCACCCUGUGGAGGCACAACAUGAAAAUAGAGAAGGGGACUUUCCUCUUACUUUAAAUCAAAAUAUAUCGCUUGGGAAGAAAUUAUAUAAAUGUGUGGAAUGCAGAGAGAGCUUCAGCCAGAGUAGCCAUCUCAGUAACCAUCAAAAGAGUCACGUCCGGGAGAAUCCGUAUCAAUACAUGGAUUGUGGGAAGAGCUUCCAUCAGAAAAGUCACCUUAUGACCCAUGAAAGGAUCCACCGAGGAGAGAAACCACAUCCAUGCUUGGAGUGUGGAAAGAGCUUCAUUAAGAGAAGUUACCUGACUUCCCACAUGAGAAUCCACAGUGGGGAGAAACCCUAUCAAUGUGCGGAGUGUGGGAAGGGCUUUUCUCAGAGGGGCCACCUUGCUUCCCAUAAGAGGAUCCACACAGGGGAGAAACCGUAUCAGUGCCUGGAGUGCGGGAAGUGCUUCAGCGAUGUAAGUCACCUCACUUCCCAUAAAAGGAUCCACACAGGAGAGAAGCCAUAUAAAUGUAUGGAGUGUGGGAAGAGUUUUAGCGUGAGCUGUUCCCUGACAUCUCAUAUGAGGAUCCACCGAGGAGAGAAACCCUAUCAAUGUGUGGAGUGUGGGAAGCGCUUCAGUCACAGCAGUUACCUGAGUUCCCACAGGAGAAGCCAUAGAGGAGAGAAACCCUAUCAAUGUAUGGAAUGUGGGAAGCGCUUCUGUCGCAAAAGCCGCCUUACUUCCCAUAAGAGGAUCCACACAGGGGAGAAACCGUAUCAAUGCCUGGAGUGCGGAAAGAGCUUCAGUGAUGCAGGUUACCUCACUUCCCAUAAAAGGAUCCACACAGGAGAGAAGCCGUAUCAGUGUCUGGAAUGUGGGAAGAGUUUUAGUGUAAGCAGUUCCCUUACAUCCCAUAAAAGGACCCACACGGGGGAGAAGCCAUAUAAAUGUACAGAAUGUGGAAAGAGCUUCACUGUAAGCAGUUCCCUUAGUUCUCAUAAAAGGAUCCACACGGGUACAACUGUAUAGAAUGUGGAAAGAGCUUUAGAAAGAGUAGUUCUGUGACUUCUCACAGAAGGAUCCACAUAGGAGAAACCAUAUAAGCGCAUGGAUUGUGGAGAGAACUUCAGAGAUAAUAAAAUGCCAGGUCCUGACGAGUUACCAUCCAAAUUGUAUAAAGUAAUACAAGAGUCCUUGUGAGAAGUACUAAUAGAGGUAUAUAAUGCGGUAUUAAAAGAAGCAAAGGCACCAGCCUCAUGGGCGGAGGCAAAUAUUACUUUAAUUCCAAAGGAGAAUACUAACUUAACAUUAAUCCAGAAUUAUAGACCGAUAUCUUUUACCUAAGAUGGCGCCGACGAAGGCUGCCUCGGUGAAAUGCUCUCUAAUUGUUUCUUUAUUUCUAAUUGUUCUCUGUGACUCACUACGGAUUUCCUACUCACAAGACCAUCUGCUAAAAAUUAAGGAACAUUUCUUUAAGGAGCAGCUUUCUUUAAUCUCACCCCCGCCUGUCUUUACAAACACGGAGGAGAUUCUAACACAGGAGGAGGCAAUUCCCACGGAGCCAUGGAUUACUAAAAAAACCAAACGACGGAAACGAAGGAAACGAGGUAAACGAUCUGGGAUCUUAAUCAAGCUAAGAACUCGCACUAAAACUC